UCAACAAGCAUCUGCAAUCGAUGAACAAAGUUUAAUAACUGCCUCAACCUCUACGACGAUUCCGCCUAUUACAAUCAAAACUGAAAAUAUGGCAGCAGAAGUGGCUACAGUUCCUAAUGUUCCGGAAUUACUUGACCCUUCAACACAAAAUUUAUCACAAAAAAUUAUUGCAUCUAAUUAUAACAAGGACGAAAUAUCUGAUGUUUCGACAGAUUCAACUGAAAUUAAAAAAAAAAAGGAGUACGGAGAAACAGUGUCUAGAUCAUAUAUCUUACUGGCUGAACAAAAAGGAUGGAAAAAUCCGGACAAUUCUUUGUUUCCAAUUUCAUCAACAAAUCUAUGUAAUUAUAUUCGCGUAAAAAUGGCAACUAAUAAUCCAAAAAGCAUUGAGUGGUAUAUUAAUGCAAAUCUAGCAAAUCUUGAAUUUCCCAAUACAUUUUCUUCCAUUCCAUUCUUAGAUGAUGUUAUGAGUGGAAAUAAAGAAACCUUGUCGACGUCAACUCCAUUAGAUGGUAAUGAUGAUUCAUCUGACUCACCAGAGGACGAAUCGUCGGAAUCUAAAUCCGGAGGAGAAAAAUUUGAUGCAAUGAUUGUAGGGUCAGAAUCUGAAGAUGACGACGAAGAUUAUGUUCCUCCGAAAAUGCGCAAAAGAUAUCAAGAAGUACAUUAUAUACAAGAAACAAUGUUUAAUGAUGAUGAAGAACCAGAAAGCUUUAAAUCUCGAUAUGAAAUCGCAUAUGCGAGUUUAAAAAGCAAAUAUUCGAAAUAUUGUCAUUAUCAUUACGAAGGAUGCGUUCUAUUGGACGGUGGUCGACAUUUUAUUCUCUCAGAAAAAUUAUAUAAACGUUGGGCUGCGUUAGUUGCAUCGGGUGAUGAUUUUGAUAUUGAUUCAUUACCUAACUCUCCAGAACUAACUGAAUUUUACGCUGAUAGAGCAAUUCCAAUUCCUCUGUGA